UGUAAUUUCCAGUCCCUUUCUCAGUACCCAAUAUGGCGACGUUUGGAAGAAGUUGUGGUCCUUUUAACACAAAUCAUGGAAACCAGCUGUUUUAGUUUUGACGAUGGCAACUUGGCCUGAAGCAAACCAAAAACGUACUCAUGCACGAAAUGCAACCCUUGAGUUACUAUCAGAUGGUAGAAGAAGACACUCUAGAGGCUCUCAAGCAAGCAGUAGGCAUGCAGAAUUUGACAAUUUAGGUGUCUCUGUGGAAUGCAAUGGACAAGCCAUGAGUGAUGUGUCAUCCUUUCACACAGAAUCAUUGUAUAGUCAACAUGCUGAUAAUUUGCAAGAUUCUGUCAGUUUACCCUCACACUUUUCAUCAGAAGUUACAUACCACAGAAGCUACCCCAACAUAACCAUUGGCUGUGUCAGCAUUGUUGUUGCAUUUUUUCUCUUCAUCACUGGUGGAGUUCUGAUCACAGUUUUUAAACACAAAAAUGAACAGAAAGCCAUCAAGAUGGCUUGUGAAGUGUUGAUGGCAGCAGGGCUCUUUGGAUUCACUGGUGGAGUAACCAACUGGGUUGGACUUAAACUGAUAUUCAACAGGAUUCCAGGGUUGUUUUUCAGUGGAGCCAUUUCUAAGAAUUUUGUCACAGCCAGGAAACUGAUGGCUAAUUUUAUUUUGGAGGAAUUUUUCAGUCCUUCACAAGUAAGAACUUAUGUUAAGGACAAGAAGAGGUCAUAUCUGACAGCAGAACACAUAGAUAAUCAGCUAGAGAAAUUGCUUGAUUCCAGAAGGGCAGAAAAUAUGAUUCAUGAGCAAUUGGAUGUCUUGAUGGGAACACCGGAGGGUCUCAGACUUCGUAUGCUUGGUGUCACCAAAGCCAAACUGGCACCCCUUGUUAAGCCUCAAUUGUUGAAGUUUAAAACACAAAUUGUACCAUUGGUACUAUCAUCAAUGGAAUCAGUAGAUCUGUUAAAUGCUGAUCACCUCAGAGAACAGAUUGUGGAUUUGAUUUCAUCAAGGACGCAUGAACUGUCCGCACAACAAGUCAAGCAGUGUCUUACCCAGACCUUCCACGGCCAAGAAGUACAGUCAAACGGUGGGACCUGGAUACGAGAUUAUUGUACGCGUAGACUGCUUUUCGAUGGCGAGAUAAAAUCCAAAGCCGAGUCUAUUUGUUUAGAAAGAAAAAUAACUCGAGUCUAUUUAAAAAACUAAGCAUGGAGGUCGACUCUCCUUUGGAAGCAGUUGUGUUUCUCGUAUUUUACUAACCCUUGUUUUCAAAUGGGCUUUGCCUGUUUUGUUAUUUUUUCUAAAACGUGUUCCGCCGCGCCCAAAUGUUUCCACUGAUAUAUCCACACAACGCAACUUUGAACUAUAAGCAACUUUUCUGGACAGUUGUUUGCCGAGGAACUCAUGUCAAUUUUUCUGUGAUUUCUCAUGAUUUUUAAUCAUUUAAUUGACUUUAAAAUUCUUUUCGAUAGUUUUGUUUUAUGUUAGUGGUCGUUGUCCGAAACCAAAAAUUAAAUGGGACAGGUUUCUUUGUCUCGCAAACGGAUGCAAGUUGUCCAAAACAAUUUAACAAACGAUUCUUAUAUCCAGCUGACACAGUUGUCUGGUGCUGCUAAAUUAUUUAGAGAAAACUGACAUCACAGGAGAAGAAGCACAUUUUUAAUAGGUGACUUGUUUUUUAGACGCUUGUUGCAUAAAACGGAAAACAUAACUUUGAACCACAAAAUUCAAAACACAGCAUUACGUGUUUGUUGACGCCUGCGCAUUGCACAUUUGUUUUUGAAUGGGAUAGUUUAAUUCAUAAUUCUUCACAGACAAGAUUGCUUUUUCAGUUUUGUCGUCGCACUUUGAGCAAAUUCAUAUGCAAAGCUCAGUAUUAGCUUUCUUUUCUAAGGUUGAAAUAGCCACCAACCUCGUUCCCAAUGAAGGGAAAAGGCCCUGAGAACGAGGUUGAAUAGCCACGGUUUCAAUUCAUGUUAGUAGUUGUAAUCCCAGUUUUCGUUGUGUAGUAAUUUAUUGUCAAUUUUUUUGACGAUUGCUAAAGAAUUGAUCCUCCAUGGUGGUUUUUUUCGUAUUUCACCUAAAGAAGUUAUAUCUUUAACUUAUGAGAUUCGAAGAAAAACUAAAGAGAGAUAAUAAAAAUUAAUAAAAUAAUCUGCGUGGUGCCAAUACCAGUUUUUUUCGCGCCGUUUCUCACCUGAUCGAUGACGUAUUUUCCCGCGCUUUCUCGCCAUCGAUGGUAUGUUUUGCUUUAAAUAUUGAUUGUUUUUUUUUUUCUUAGAUACUCAUUCGUAUUAAAUAGCCGUUAGCUAUUUACUUUCGUAGGGUUUAGCGUCACUGACCUGUCACCUUAAGAACGCAAGCAUUAAUUGUUGUUUGGAGACGUUAAAUUAGCCUAAGCUUAUAUUUUAUUAUUGGUUCGCCUUAAUCCAUAGGGAAACAUGUGUUAUUGCCCUCCCGCGGUUUUUGUUUGACCAAACAAUGCAUGUGGUUUUAUUUAUUGAUUUCACCUUCGCAGUUUAUUUUUGUUAAAGACCAAGGUCACCUAUUGUCAUUGUUGAAAAUAUUCUAGAAAAUCUGCCAAAUAUGUCAGUUUCAAGUGUCUCACACAAGCAAAGCGCUGGGGAUGUAUGCACAAGUUGUGUUAAAUUAAUAAAGUAAUAACCGAGUGUUUGGUGAAAUUGA